CGGUCGGUUGGUCGGUCGGUCGAUCGAUCGAUCGAUCGAUCGGUUCGUCGUACCUCCGGUCGGAAAGAAACGGCGCGGCUUCCGAUGCUGCAUUCGUAACGGUGGGAUAUGAAGGAGAGGCGAAAAGGAGGUUCACAGUUCGUCGGAGUGGCUAACGAUCGUCGGUGCCGAUCGUGGACGACGGGGCGAAGGUUCGUCGUGCGACGAUGAGUGGGAACGAUUCGAGUGCGACGGCGACGCUAACGCCGACGAACGUCGCCGUCGUCUCCGCGGUCACCUCCGCCGGAGAGGAGGAGGAGGAGGAGGAUCCGGCGACCUUGACCCUGGACCGCGUCGAACCCUCCGGCGACGUGGAUCUGGUGAACGGUCCGAAUCCCUGGCUUCCGGCCUAUGGUUUCCAGCUGCAGCAUCACUCUCAAUUCCAACCGACGCACUUGGAGGAUCUACGGGUUAAUGAUACGGUUCUGGUGCAACAAGUUGAUUUUCUGGAAACGAUUCUGGAGGAGACAUCUGAUGAUCUUCAGAGCGAUUCUGAUUGCAGUGGCACAACAUAUUGGUUGGGAUCCGAUUCGGAAACUGAGAGCGUGAUUCAUAUCAAGACGAAGCAGAAGUCGACAGACGAGCGGCUGGAUGGUAGCGGUAGCGAGUGCAACUCGGUGGUGCCGAAGAAGCGACGACGUCGCGAUCAUGGCACCGACCAUCACCACCAUCACCACCAUCAUCAUCAACAAGUAACGACCUACGACGAGUAUCCAACAUCGCCGAGAUCCUCUAGAUCAACCGCCUCCUCCAGAUCAAGUUCGUUGCUGCAGUUUGAGUCCUUGGAGAGAACUUGUGCCACUCUGUCACCGUCCAGCUAUAGCUUCGAUUCUCUGGAAUAUUCUAAUCGAUCGAAUACUUCCCAUCCGGAGAAUGAUUCCCCUGAUAGCUUGGAACAGGACUACGAUAGGUUGCUACCAAAUGGUUUUGCUAGCACAUUGGCAGACCAUUUUCCGAGGAUUAGACCGUAUCGCAGCUUUGAAAGUCUGGAUACAUGCCAGAAGGACGACGUUUAUGGACAAGCGGCCAUAUCGAAUGGUUUUGCGCCUUUAUACGCGAAGAGAGGUGCUGAUCUAUCGAAUAUUAGGAAGAACAAUCAACGUCCAAGAGACUUUUGGCACGAGGACGAGGAAUACGACGACGACGACGACGACGACGAUGACGACGACGAAGAGGAGGAUGACGAGUACGAUUUCGAAGAGUACGAACGAAGUCGAACGAACGCGGAUUCUCGGUUGAUGACCGAUUACGAGGAUCGGCUGCUGUACGGCGAGUCCGGCAAGUACGCAACGUCCUUAGACUAUCGGAACACGAUUGAUCUACGGGAGAUUGGUGUGGAGACGAAGAGAGAUACGCUUUUGGAGCUCAAGUCCGGCCAGAAGACGGCCCGGUUAAAUAUAGCCGGCGGCAGCGCGGAGCAUCAUCAUCAUCACCACCAUCAUCAUCAUCAUCAGCACCCGCAGCAACAGCGGCAGCAGCAGCAGCAGCAGUACCAACAACAGCAGUACGAUCAACACGAUCAUCAUCACCACCACCACCAUCGUCGUCGCCGCCAACAGCAACAUCAAGGGUGGAGCGACGAGGAACGCUUUAAUUUUAGAUUCACGGACAAGUCGCAAAGCGCGCCCAGUCUGCUUGACGGUGUCGAGGAGUCAGCACGUAACGGUCUAAGUUGCACCUUGUCGUCUCGUCUUCAUACCUCGAGAACGACCUCUUACGUGUCGACAUCUUCUCUCUUUGAAAAUUACACACGGGUGGCCAGCGUGCCGGUGGAUCUGAAUCUCUGCGGCGUCGUCGCUACGUGCGACGACGAGAUGAACGGUCGCGAAAUGGCGGAGAUCACGCCCAACGACGAGGCCGCGACGCUGAAGAACUCGCAAGAUGAUACGAUCCUGAAAGAGAAUGACGACGAGAUGCAAGCGGAAACGAAGGUCGUGUUGAGUUCGGUCAGAACGCAACCGGCCCAGGGCGCGCUCAUGGACGACAAUCUGGAGAAUCAUAGAAAGAAAAACGAAGAACAAACGAAGGUCGAAUGUGCGAACGAUCGUCGCGAAGUGCAACAGACGGAUGGAAACAAGCAAGCGAAACCUCCGUCGACGGUGAAGACUCAGGAUCGCUCCAAUUGCGUGCUGGAUAUGGCUAUGGUGACGGAGAACGACCUCGACGAAGCCAUCAAGCAAUUUAAGCGCGAGGUGGAGGAGGCGACCGCUUCCGGAGUGGCGAACGCCGCCAUCUUGGCGAUGGAGACGAUUCAACGAACGCCGUCCGGUCGAGUGAGAAACCGAAGAGUAAAGAAUAACGCUAGUUACGAGUUGGCGCAACAACUCGAAGUUGAUGAGAGAAAUUUUCAAAGGAUACUCAAAGAUACCGAUGAAAAUCGCGAUGGGGCUAACUCUCCUGGAAAAAGGCGAGUACUAAACAACGCCAGCUACGAGUUGGCGCAACAAUGCAGUUACAUCAAGGCGUUGGAGAAUUCAAGAUCAGCGUUCCACCGAAUGGACGCGUGCGACGAAUUGGAGGAAGCUGCAUCCGGACGUUCCUCGGGACUGAAAAUCGCCGACGUAAUGCACCAAAUGGAUUUCGACACGAACAUCAGCGAGGAUUCCAGACCGAAAGAUUCUCAGGACGAUUCGUUCUUUGGUCAGAUAAAAAAAAACUCGGAUCCAUUUUCAGUCUGUGGCGAUGCUAGCGCGCUGAGCCCACGAUUGCUAGAUGACGAGGUAGAUUAUCCCUGCUUGGAAACCAAAUCUAUAGGAGCGUCCUGCUUGGAGAAUAGGGUCGUUUUGCGCGAAAAUAUUGAAUCGGAGAAAUCAACUCAAUUGAAAAGUGUUCUUGAAAAUUCCUCAGCGGUGUCCUCUUAUAUCGACGAAGAAUCAUCCAGCAAACGAAGCGAAGAAGAGACCGGAGACGCAAAGAAGAGCUUCAUCGGCGAGUUUUAUCCGGAACGAGUGGCACAACUUUCUCGACGGAGUCCUCAGGCAGACGAGGACAAGAUUCAAGAGCGGAAGGUGAACUCGGAGAAUGUGUCAUCGAACCGGGAGCACGAAGAUCGUUCUCAUAGUCCCAGCCCGAGCGACCGAGAUGCCGGCGAACGUCUGUGGAGGGUCGUGAUCGAGAAGCAAGCAACGGCGAAGAAUGAAAAGAAGGAGGAAGAAAAGAGGGACGAAGUGGAGGCGGUGGAAAAGAAGGAGGUAGAGGAGGAGGGGCACAAUGUCCGUGGUGUUGGCUCCGAGUCCCCACCCGGCGAUCCGGGUUUACUCGGUAGUAGUGGGAAGCCCGCUGUGGCCGUGGCGGCAGUUGAUACGAAUCAUCGCGGUGGCGAUCGCGACAAACGUCAGGGCGACGAGCAGCAACGCGCGCCGUGCAUCAACAAGCGGGACGCGAGCGUUGCGAACGCGAAACGGUCGUCGUUUGUCGCCCCGAAAAGGGAGUCCACGAAGAUCCACGCGACCUCUUCAACUUCUCUGCCAACGUCCUCUGCCGCCAUGAAAAGCGAGGAGAGGAAGAAAAGUGGCCUGGGCGGCUUUCUUCAGAGAUUCUCCAGGCUUAGAUUUAGCGGCAGAACAAAAGUACCGCGUUCGGAGGCGCAUAAGAAAGCCGUCGAGCCGACGACGAGAACGCAAGAGGAGCAACAACCGGCCACCGCCAAGAAGAAGGAGCCAGAUUACAUUAUCAUACCGUUGCACCCACCCGAAGAGGAGAGGAGACGUCAGCAAGAGGCCGUUACUCUUGAAGAAGCCGCCAGGAGGAACAAUGUGGACAUUCAGAGAAGCGUUUCUAGUGUGAGCAGCAAUGGG